AAGAAAUGGAAUUGGAGCCUCAAUCACAUUGCUCUUUAAAAAUAAACCUGUAACACCCUAGCUUUGUUUUUCUUGAAUUUAAUUUUAAAAAGAAGAGCUUUUUAGUAAUUUAAAUAGAGACAGGUUACACCACUGGAAGAAAAGAAUUCCUUAAUUUUUGAGUAAUGCUUUCCUCGCUCUGUGGCUGUUCCGCUUGGGGUGGGAGGGGGAGGCGGGCGGUCAGCCGAAUGCAGUUGCGGCUGCGCAGCCCCGAGCAUCCCGAGUGGUCCCGACCUGGAGGCGCCAGCGCCCGCCUGGGGCAGAGGGAGACUGACGCGCUUGGGCUGGAGUCGGAGCCUCCCCAGAGCCCUCUGCCUCCCUAUCGCUCCAGAGCAGGCAGGCCAUCCCCUGCGUCGGCCAGGUGAGCAGACGCUGCAGUCGCGCUUGCAGUUUCCGAGGGCGCACGGAACCUAGGGGCACCGAAGCUUAUCACUGCACAAUGUGCCGGGGGAUCUCCGGUCUGUAGGGUGCCCUAAAGCAGAAGAGAGGGGUUUGCAUUUUUCCAACAAAGGGUAAGAACUCUUUUCUCUCUAGCACUUAUUUGACGUAUUCAACUGGUUAGAAUAAGAUCUCAACAGGUAGCAGGGAGCGAUGACGUGGGGGCAGUUUUGGGGCACCCGCCACCUCUCCCCUAGGACCCGCACCUCUCCCUACAGUUGCACGUGGGCAAGCCUAACCCGCACUUUGAACCCUGCUUUGCAGCCUCCGGAGUCCGCGCAACGGCGCGCUAGGAAGGCAGCGGGGAUCGCGCCUCCAGGAAAGACAUCGCGCCGAAGCCGGCUUCGGGACCAGAGCCCCACCGGGCAGGGCUGGGAAGGGGUAGUCCGCUCUUCAGCCCUCGCCGAGAUGCCCAACGCUUCGAGUUCCGAGCCGGGACUGGCCUGCCCCAACGCGUCGAGUCCGCAGCCACCGCCGCUGCCGCCGUCGCUGGCCGUGGCCGUGCCGGUCGCCUACGCGGUGAUCUGCGCCUUGGGGCUGGCGGGCAACUCGGCGGUGCUGUACGUGCUGCUGCGGGCGCCGCGCACCCAUACGGUCACCAACGUAUUCAUCCUGAACCUGGCCAUCGCCGACGAGCUCUUCACGCUGGUGCUGCCCGUCAACAUCGCCGACUUUCUGCUGCAGCGGUGGCCCUUCGGGGAGCUCAUGUGCAAGCUCGUUGUGGCCAUCGACCAGUACAACACCUUCUCCAGCCUCUACUUCCUCGUGGUCAUGAGCGCCGACCGCUACCUAGUGGUGCUGGCCAGCGCCGCGUCGCGCCGGGUGGCUGGCCGCUCGUGCCGCGUCGCGCGCGCAGUGAGCCUGGCGGUGUGGGGGCUGGUGACGCUGCUAGUGCUGCCCUUCGCGGUCUUCGCCCGGCUCGACGACGAGCAGGGCCGGCGCCAGUGCGUGCUAGUCUUCCCGCAGCCCGAGGCCUUCUGGUGGCGGGCGAGCCGCCUCUACACGUUUGUGCUGGGCUUCGCAGUGCCUGUGUCCACCAUCUGCGUCCUCUACACCACCCUGCUGUGCCGGCUGCACGCCAUACGGCUGGACAGUCACUCCAAGGCGCUGGGCCGCGCUAAGAAGCGGGUGACUCUCCUGGUGGCGGCCAUCCUGGCGGUGUGUCUCCUCUGCUGGACGCCCUACCACCUGAGCACCGUGGUGGCACUCACCACCGAUCUCCCGCAGACGCCGCUGGUCGUCGCCGUCUCCUACUUCAUCACUAGCCUGAGCUACGCAAACAGCUGCCUCAACCCCUUUCUCUACGCCUUCCUGGACGACAGCUUCCGCAGGAGCCUCCGCCAGCUGCUGGCCUGCCGCGCCACCGCCUGAUAGCCCGCCCGGCCGUCCCGGCCCCGCGCCGGGGUGGGGGAAGCCCGCGCGCUUCCGCCAAGGAACCUGUGGAGACGUGGAUCCUCGGGCUCCACCUCAGCCCUAGUGAAGCCCACGCGCCCUGGCUCUGCUCGCAGUCUGCAUCAGCCGAGCCUCCCGGAGAUGCAGGAGCACCGAGUGUGAGGACCAAAGAGAACACACACUGGACGCUUCCUAAUGCCAAAGGGCACCGAGUCCACCCCGAAGUAGACACGGGAGAGGUGAGGGGCGGGAAAGGGGUGGCAUUGCCGGGAGCCCCUUCGCCUUCUCUCCUCCCCUCGCCCCAAACUGUCCGUCUGCCAGGCUCCAAGUGGCGUCCUGGAUGCGAGGAGGGGAGGCCCGAGGGUGCCGCGGCAUCCACACUCGUCACAGCACUUCGUAUCUUCCUCCGGGCAGCGAUUAUUCGUGCUUUUGCUCAGGCUGGCGGGCAGCGCCUGGGCCUUCCCCGCGCUGUAGGCUCUCUGUGGCCACCAAGAGCACGGGGAUGGCUGCCUGAGCCUCUGAGACAGGGAGACAGGGGAAAGCGCGCGCGCGCUUGUGUGCACGUGUGGGCAUGCGCCCGUGCGGGGGUGUUGUGGGUGUUGAUUGCGUGCGUGAGCGCGCGUAUCCCGGGAGGCAUGGGGUUUGCAUGAAGGAGACUCGAGCUUGGCUGUGACAGCCUCUCAUGGUGUUAAGAACAGGGAUAAGCCCUUCCCGGUGCAACCCCUGUCUCUCUGGCCAUUCCGCUCUCCUACCCCUUCUCUUGCUUGAAAACGCUGGGCAGUCGGACACUCCCACCCGCAGGUCGCCGGAGACAGGCGGCGAGUCGCUCGGGCGCACGGUUGCGGCGCCCUCUUGCGGAAUUAGCUGCCCAGCGCCGAGCAUCUCAACGU